AUGAAGUUCGGGUUCUUAAUGAGAUUCACCCAAAACCUGAGCGGAAGCGAGUUGCUCUUCCAUGUGUGUACGACUUCAGGGUCGGAUAUGCCGUGCUGCAGUGCUUGGUCGUCCAUGAAGUCAAACAUGUAUUUGAUCGCGAGGGGAAGAGCUGAUCCUCGAUGGGCAGUGCUAAAGAUUGUUUCGAACAGGUCAUCGACGAACUUUUGUAGAGUACCUUUCGUGGCUAGUAGCCUCGUUAGAUCCAUCAGGAUAACGAACUUUACCAUUGGUUUGAAGUCAAUGGACUGUCUGAUCAGCUUCUCUUCCGACAGUGAAUAUCUCGCUUCGGACGUGAUGGCAUCGACAGGACCCUUAUCGACUUGUUGUUUUACCGCGCGAAAUAGUACGUACAAUGGUUCUCCGGCACAUUCUCGCAUGAACUUGUACAGGAGGAAAGUGAACCAAGCUGAUAACAUCUUUUCAGCGACACUUUCCGUUCUGAAAUACAAAACGGAUUGUAUCGUCAUCCAAUAG